AUGAUUCCAGCAGUGAUGCGGAAUGAUCCCUGCCUGGCUGCUCGCCCGGAUAUGCGGCGUUCGAUGGAAGAGUGGUGGGGCGGCUCCUUGUGGGAUCCGCGUGACCCAUCGUCUGGAGAGUUCUUCGGUACCGACUUUACGUGUGGAUCGAGCAUGCGCGAUGUGCUUGCAGCUCUGCGGCUUUCGGAUGGCGAGAGCGAACGGCUGGCCUUGGCGGUUGCCGAGGGGGAUUUGGUCGAGGCUGAAAGGCUCCUUGCAGCCUCAGCGGAUGUGACCCCUGCCCUGCAUUUGGCGCUUCAGAUUGGGGCCGCCCCAGAGACCGUCGAGCUCCUAGCGGCCUGCUGCUCUCGGCUGAACGUGUGGCUGCCAGAGCCUGCCGUCGUGACGUGGGCUAGGGCCACUUGCCGAGCAGCGCUGAGCGGUCGGCCCCUGCGUGGGGCGACAGCCAAGCUGGACUCGCUGCUCCUGGCAGGCGCAGAUGUGAAUUCCAUUGGCAGGGGCUGCGAGACGGCACUUCAUAUCCUCGCACGAACGCUCCAGCUCCUGUGGCAGGAGUCGCAACGCUACUCUCUGCGAAGCAAGAGUCUUUCGCGUGAAAUUCAGGAGACUCAGCACGAGCUCAACAAGCUUUGGCAUGACCUCGUCUCACGAGGCGCGGAUGCGAGCAUGGCCGACGGCGAGAGCUCUUCUGCGCUUGAAAGGCUGUCUGCGACACAGUGCACGGAUCUCUUGGUCUCCAAACGGAGGACCUAUGCUAUGCGGCGCUAUCACCAUGCCAGGACGAAUCUGCAAUCUGCACGUGUCAAGGCUCGAUGUACAACUGGGUGCCCCAAGUCCCUUGGGUUCCUGGUACAGGGUUCGUAUGGAUUCGUCGUCCGGGUGGUGGGGCUUGUCUUGUCCUGCUCAUCGUAG